GAAAGGCACAAGCCCCAGUCAGCUCCGUCGGAGGUAAAUCUAGCAGGGGAAGGUCAUAUGACCCUUGGGUGAAGGUGGGUUCCGACCUGGAAGUCAUUACCAACAUUCAAACAAACAAAUGCCAGAAUUACAAUUGGUUUUAUGAAUAAUAGCCAGAGAGCAAGGAAUUGGUUUGCCUUUCAAGGGUAGUAUCCACUCUUGGUAUCGAUCUGAUAAAACUUUCACUGGCAAAGGUGUGAAUUAGGAAGGAUUGGUCGCCGAAAUAUUAACUGGAGACUGAAUCUUAAUAUACCUCAGAACAAUCUAUUUUUGUUACCACGAGAUAUAUUAGCAGCUGCCGAUCAUUUGAUUGGGAUGAAAUUUGGAAUGGGUACACUUGAUGAUAUGAAUCAUUUGAAAAAUAAACGUAUUCGCUCUGUAGCGGAUCUUUUACAAGACCAGCUCGGGUUGGCUCUGGCUCGUUUAGAAAAUGUAGUUAAGGGAACUAUAGGCGGAGCAAUUAGGCAUAAAUUGAUACCUACUCCUCAGAAUUUGGUAACUUCAACUCCGUUAACAACUACUUAUGAAUCCUUUUUCGGAUUACACCCAUUAUCUCAAGUUUUGGAUCGAACUAAUCCAUUGACACAAAUCGUUCAUGGGAGAAAGUUGAGUUAUUUGGGCCCUGGCGGAUUAACAGGGCGAACUGCUAAUUUUCGGAUACGAGAUAUCCAUCCUAGUCACUAUGGGCGUAUUUGCCCCAUUGACACGUCUGAAGGAAUCAAUGUUGGACUUAUUGGAUCUUUAUCAAUUCAUGCCAGGAUUGGUGAUUGGGGGUCGUUAGAAAGUCCGUUUUAUGAACUCGUUGAGAAAUCAAAAAAGGCGCGGAUACGGAUGCUUUUUUUAUCACCAAGUCAAGAUGAAUAUUAUAUGAUAGCGGCAGGAAAUUCUUUGGCUCUUAAUCGGGGCAUUCAAGAAGAACAGGCUGUACCAGCUCGAUACCGCCAAGAAUUUUGGACUAUCGCAUGGGAAGAGGUUCAUCUUCGAAGCAUUUUUCCUUUCCAAUAUUUUUCCAUUGGAGCUUCCCUAAUUCCUUUUAUCGAACAUAAUGAUGCGAAUCGAGCUUUAAUGAGUUCUAAUAUGCAACGUCAAGCAGUUCCACUUUCUCGGUCCGAAAAGUGCAUUGUUGGAACUGGAUUGGAACGCCAAGUGGCUUUAGAUUCGGGGGUUCCCACUAUAGCCGAACACGAGGGAAAAAUCCUUUAUACUGACACUGAGAAGAUAAUUUUAUCGGGAAUGAGAAUACUGUAA